AUGGCAAGCUCAACGACAAUCCUCUUCGUACCAGGAGCUUGGCACAUACCGAGCGUUUUCCAGCCAGUCGUCCAACAGCUCGAAGCGGCCGGCUACAAGACUGAUCUCGUCUCUCUCCCUUCAAUCGGCCCAAAAGAGCAUCUGAAGAACUUCAAUCCCGACGUCGAUGAGAUUCGAAAGCACAUUGAAGCCUCAGCCAAUGCAGGACAGAAUGUGGUAGUCGUAGCACAUUCGUAUGGCAGCAUCCCGGCCUCAGAAGCCAUCAAAGGACUGGACCUCAAAUCUCGAAAGGCUGCUGGUCAGUCGGGCGGAGUCACCCACUUAUUCUUCCUCGCCGCCUUCAUCAUCCCCGAGGGACAAACCCUGAUCUCAGCGUUCGGUGGUAAUGAUCUGCCUUGGUUCAACAUCAAUGAAGCGAGGACCGAAGUGAACCCUGACCGGCCUGCGGAAAUCUUCUAUAACGAUAUGCCGGAAGCUGACCAGCAGGCUGCCAUCGCAAACCUGCUACCUUUCAGUUACCAGGUGUUCCACUCGCCGCUGACGUAUGCAGCAUGGAGGGAUGUGCCCUCAACCUAUCUGUAUUGCAAGCAAGAUGCUGCUAUACCUCUGCAAAUCCAGGAGUUGAUGGUUACGGGAACUGCGCAGGGAGUUCCGAUCAAGACGGAGACAGUCGACACUGGACAUUCUCCAUUCAUGACAAAGCCGGCGGAAGUUGCUGAGGCUAUCAAGAGGGCUGCUGCUGGACAGUGA